GGCUGUGAUUGCGGCUCGCCGGUGUCAGUCCCCGAGUGAGCGCCGGUGGCGGGGCGGGGAGCCGGGCAGGCAGCCUCAGGUGGGGCUGCUGGCAGCGAGGGACCCAGCCCGGGAGCCCCCCAGGAUGCCCCGCGGAGACUCGGAGCAGGUGCGCUACUGCGCGCGCCUCUCCUAUCUCUGGCUCAAGUUCUCGCUCGUCAUCUACUCCACGGUGUUCUGGCUGAUCGGGGGCCUGGUCCUGUCAGUGGGGAUCUAUGCAGAGGUCGAGAGGCAGAAAUACAAAACCCUGGAAAGUGCCUUUCUGGCCCCGGCCAUCAUCCUCAUCCUCCUGGGGGUUGUCAUGUUCAUCGUGUCCUUCAUCGGCGUGCUGGCUUCCCUUCGCGACAACCUGUGCCUUCUCCAAGCGUUUAUGUACAUCCUUGGGAUUUGCCUCAUAAUCGAGCUCGUUGGUGGCGUGGUGGCCCUGAUCUUCCGGAACCAGACCAUUGACUUUCUGAAUGACAACAUUCGAAGAGGAAUCGAGAACUACUAUGACGAUCUGGACUUCAAAAACAUCAUGGACUUUGUUCAGAAGGAGUUUAAGUGCUGUGGCGGAGAAGACUACCGAGAUUGGAGCAAAAACCAGUACCACGACUGCAGUGCCCCCGGACCCCUGGCCUGCGGGGUGCCCUACACCUGCUGCUUCAGAAACACGAAGUUGUCAACACCAUGUGCGGCUACAGAACUAUUGACAAGGAGGGAGCGGUACCGCCUGCUGAGACCCAGUGAUCUAGAGCCACCUUCUCAUCACAUUGCAUACGAGAAACUGAGGCCCAGAGAGGCUGAGGGACUCGCCUGGACCUGGGGUGAGUGGCAGAGUUGGGACCAGGGCUUCCAGGCGAGUGCUCAGCCAGGCUCCUCCCCGGCAGCGCCUCAGCGUGCAGAAUGUCAUCUACGUGCGGGGCUGCACCAACGCCGUGCUCAUCUGGUUCAUGGACAACUACACCAUCAUGGCGGGCCUCCUGCUAGGGAUCCUGCUCCCCCAGUUCCUGGGGGUGCUGCUGACAUUCCUGUACAUCACCCGGGUGGAGGACAUCAUCACGGAGCACUCUGUCACCGAUGGGCUCCUGGGACCCAGCACCAAACCCAGCGUGGACGCAGCAGGCACGGGGUGCUGCAUGUGCUACCCCAAUUAGGGCCGUAGCCUGGGGCGGCAGCUCCAGAAGGACCGUGACAGGACAUCUCUGCGCAGGCCACGUCGUGGGGGCCAGAUAGGACUGUGGCCCCUCUCUCCACAUUCGGCACUGACCAAAGCCAUGGCUGUGUUUGCUCAGGGCUCCCAGGCCACCGCCUGUCUGGGGGGCGGAGCCCCUCCCCAGCUGCGGAAUUCUGUGCGUGCCCACCCUGCUGGGCGUGGGGAACAGGGCACCCCUCCUCCAUGCUCCGGCUGCUGGGGAAGGGGGAGCUUGGCGCUGGGCUCCGAACCCAUUUCAUUUCUGGUAGUGCCUUGGCCUUGGUGUUUGUGCCCCUUUGAGGGCAGUUUUGUAGUGAUUUGUAAUCGGGGAGGGAGGAGAGCUUGUGUGCCCCAAGGUGAAGGAGCAGAGGGGUGGGGUGCAGACCCCAGGCCCCAGUCCUUCAGCCUCACCCUGAGGCCACGUUGGGUCCGUUUCUCAGCCUCCCGGGUCCCUUGAGACCACCCCAGGGCUGCUGCUUUGUUGACCCUGUUUUGUACCUGAUUUUAUAACAUUCAUUUUGUACACAGUUAACAGGAGUUUCCAACUAAUCAAGGCUAGCUGUAUUCAAAACCCCAUUCCUCUUCCCCCUCCAAGCCAGUUUAUUAAUCAGACAAUAAAGACAUGAUUUUUUUUUUUU